AUGAAUUUCUUAUUUUCAGACGGCGGUCUGAGGUUUUUUCUGCGGCCUAUUAUGAAUCAGUUUGGUCAUCAGUAUAAUGUCCAACCACCACCUACAUUUUAUACAAGUGAUAUGAAUUCAUUUGGAAAUGCUGUUCAAAGACCUGAACACAGGCCUUUUAGUUUUGAAGUUCCACCUCAGGAUUUUCAGUCUACACCACCUCUUCGAAGUGACAGUGGAUAUUCGCUUUGUCCCUCACAGUAUUACAGCAGACCUGGGAUAGUACCUUCCACAGACGAAACUUGUGUUAAUUUCACAGAACAACUACCGACAACCUCCGAAGUCAAUGAAAAUCGCAACGUAAUGCUUGAUUAUCAGAAUCAGUUUGGCCUUCGUGUCCCUCCUGAGAUUCCUAGUUGGAUGACUUUAAAUUCCUCGGCUAAUCACUUCUACACUGAUAUUCAAAAAUACACUUCACAACCUAAUCCAACACCCCAGUCGGUAUACACUGGGAUUCCAGUUCAUUACAAUAGAACUCCUGAAAACUCUACGUUUCAAAAUCGUGGGCGUGUUAGAACUCCUGGUCCUUUCAAGGGAAAUAGAGGAAGUCUUCGAAAUCGCCCCAACCAAGGUACUCACGCUGGUAAUACUACUAGUACGACUACAACUACAAAAGAACCAUCAGUUUUUUACUGCGAUAUUUGUAAGGUUAGCUGUGCAGGUCCACUAGCCUUCAAAGACCAUGAAUCUGGUCAACGCCACAAAAAAAGAUUGUCCCAGGUUGAAGCGAUUGAAAAAUUAAAACAAGAAGUCUCUAACGAUGGGAAUUCAUCAUUAAUUAUCAACUCGGCUUCACGAGAAUUACGUUGUGAGCUUUGUGAUGUUGGUUGCACUGGUGCUGACUCUUAUACUGCUCAUUUAUCUGGUAGGCAGCAUCAACGUACGCUCAAGUUACACAAGGAAUUGGGGAAACCAAUUCCAGAAACUGAUGAUCCUCUUGUACCAGCUAUUGUGGCAGAUAUGAUUGCCACUGCAGUUGACGAUGCUAAACCAGGUGAAGCGGAUGAAAAUAAAACAAAUCCUACGGAAAACACGUUUAUGAAGCAUAUUGAUUUAAAACAACUUACUGGUCCUGAACUACCUGCUGUUGGACAAGAGUAUUUAGAAACUAUUAUUAAUAGCAACAGCAAAACUGUUAAAUAUCGUUGCAAGUUAUGUGAUUGUGAAUUUUCAAAUCCAGAUUCUCGUGAAUGUCAUUUACGUGGUCGUCGUCAUCGUCAGCAAUACAAAAAGAAAGUUGAUCCAUCGUUUAUUGUCGAUCCAAAUCCAGGAAAUCAACUUCGUCGAAAAGUAAUAGCAGCUAAAGAAAAGAAGGCAAAACGUAACGAACCAAAACAAAAUACUAGCAGUUUCCCCAGUUUCAGCACCUUGCGUAAUAGCAAUAUGACCGGAAAUUGUAUGACUGGGAUUCCAUAUGACCGUAUUUCUGCACAAGUCCCUCGAAUAUACACUCCUCAAACUACUAAUAAGUCUCUAGAAAGCAGGUACAUCAGUUCUAAACAUACGUCUUUGCUACCGACAGCUUGGGAAGUUCAGGCAAUGAUGUUGGCUGUAACGAUUUGUGAGCGCUCCUUGAAAUGUGUUAGUAACUACAUUUUAAAACAGGUGCGUUCAAAAUUAGAUCUUUGUGAUACCACUAUAUGUGCUAAAUCUUGUGAUGAUGAUAAUAAUCUGAAUGAAUCGGAAGAAAAAGUUGGUGAACGUCUGCUUUGUGGUGUUGUUCGUGUUGGUGCAUUGGGAAAAAAUUUACUCUUAAGGGGUGAACAUUCAGCAGAACUAGUUUUAAUAUGUUCUAAAUGGCCUACUAAAGAGUUAACAUCUUAUGUUUCAACUAGUAUCACAAAAUUAAUGGAGUCACUGGAAUCCCGUCUUCAAUAUACUGUCACAGCAGAGCCUACUAUGGGAACAAUUACGGUCGUGGUAUCCUGUUCAGAUCCAUCCUUGCUGAAUAAAAGUGACAUCUCUGAAGUAAAUUUAAAACCUGCUUGCAAAGAAAACGAAUCUGCGAUAUGGCCUACUAUAACACUGGUGAUCAACUUAACUUCCCCGGUAGUAGUUCAAAAACACGAAGACGCUCCUGAAGAUAAAAAUGAAAUCCCACCAGUUAUCCAACGUUUAAUCGUUAAUGGUCAUCCAAUUCCCAAAGAAAAGUGCAUCAAAUCCAUAGAUGCUCUUGAUCAUGCUUCAUGGUUUCAACAUAUUACGAGCGGAGGUCCGAUACUCUUAAUUAGCCGUAUUUUGCGCGACUUUAUCCAAUCUAAUGAAUACUGGAUUGAAUUAAAUGAAUUUGAUGUUGAAGUACACUUAGAUCAUCUCUUAUCUUUAGAGUACAAUAUGAUGAGAAAUAUGCUUUCCGUACCAAGCGACUUUUUCCAUCCUUGCAAAUUACUACGUAGAUUUUUCGAAUCAAUGGCAAAUGGAUAUUUGUUCUUUGCAAUAAAGCAUUCAUCUAAUUCAAAUAACACUGAGGAUUCUCCUAGGGAGAACAAUAUACCUGUGGCGUGUACGAAACCAUUCUAUGUUACAAUUUCUAAUGGAAUAUCCAAUGAAGUCUGUGAAAAAAUAACUGUUUCAGCUCAACAAAUAGUCAGACAAAUUGCUUUUAAUCAAUUAUACAAAGUUCUUGGUAUGGAACCUCUAAAUUCACCUCAGAACUCAGAUUUUGUCCAGUCUAGUAGUAAACGAGAACAAAAUUCCGAUGUUUCACAAGGUCAGAAUACUUCCGAAGUUGAAUGCUCAACUGGUGAUAUGAAACAACAUAAUAAUGCAUCUGUAGCAAAUGGCACGGAGACACAGGAAUGCACGACAGAAGCAUUGAAAAUCGAGUCAGAAUGUACCCCGGCCAAACGUACUCGCCUUGUUACCGCCAACUUGAAAUCUAUUUAA